AUGUUUGUCCAGGUGUGCCUGUACUUCUACUGUAAAUGUUUGUGGCGCUGUCUGAAAUUUGUGGUGAGGAAAUUAACGGGACGAUGUGAAUUACAAAGGAUCUGUUACAAUAUCAAGCCUGGGGCCAGCAGAACUAUGAAGAUAGAGACAUCACUGAGGGGUUCAAAAAAUAAGCUGCUGCAAACUUCAGUAAGUGUUCAUCCAGAUGCCAUUGAAAAAACUAUAGAUGACAUCAUGGAACUGAAAAAGAUUAAUCCAGAUAUAAAUCCACAGUUAGGAGUAUCUCUUCAGGCCUGUCUCCUACAGAUUGUAGGGUACAGAAAUCUGAUUGCAGAGGUUGAAAAGCUGCGCAGAGAGCCAUAUGAUUCAGAGAAUCCCCAACAUGAAGAGAUGCUUCUAAAGUUAUGGAAAUGUUUGAAGCCUGAUUGCCCACUGGAAGCUCGGAUUUCGAAGCAGUGGUGUGAAAUUGGUUUCCAAGGAGACGAUCCUAAAACAGAUUUUAGAGGGAUGGGCCUCCUGGGAUUAUAUAACCUGUUAUAUUUUGCCGAACGGGAUGCUGCAGUAGCUCAGCAAGUUCUUUCCGAUUCUCUUCAGCCGAAAUACAGGGAAGUCACUAAAGAGGAGCUAAGCCAAUUCAGCAAAGCUGAAUGGGAGAAGAAAAAGUUUGAUAAGGCAAUUGGCUACUCUUUUGCUAUUGUUGGCAUUAACAUAACUGACCUUGCAUACAACCUGCUUGUGAGUGGUGCGCUGAAGACCCAUUUCUACAAUGUUGCUCCAGAGGCUCCGACGUUAUCCCAUUUCCAACAGACUUUCUGCUAUUUGAUGCAUGAAUUCCAUAAAUUCUGGAUUGAAGAAGAUCCACUGGACAUAAUGGAGUUUAACCGUGUGCGAGAGAAAUUUCACAAGCGAAUUUUAAAACAGCUCCAGAAUCCAGACAUGGCUCUGUGCCCUCACUUUGCUGCCUCAGAAAGCUUAAUCAACAUGUAG